AUGGAGGGCCAGAGUGAAGGAGAGAGCGUAACGAAAGAGGCUACCACAGAGGCUAACCGGGAUGAUGACGCGACGGAGACGGGGAAACGAAGACAGCGCGAUCGAGAUGAAGCGAAGAAGAGAACGCCGACGGAGACGGCGCGACUGAGACUGCGCGACGGAGACGGUGCGAAGGAGACUGCGCGACGGAGACGCCGCGAGGGAGAUUGCGCGACAGAGACGCCGCGAGGGAGACUGCGCGACGGAGACGCCACGACGGAGACUGCGCAGCGCGACGACGUGACGAAGACAGCGCAGCGCGACGGAGAUGGGCGCGACGGCGCGACGAAGACAGCGCAGCACGACGGAGAUGGGCGCGACGACGCGCGAAGACGGCGCAACGCGACGGAGCUACGACAUGGCUUAGGUUUUCGAUUGAUCGAAUUAGGUUUUCGUUUGGGUGAGGUUACAGCACUGUAA